AUGAAUUCGGGAGACGAGGAAGCCAUUCUUAUAGAUCAGAAGGGUGUCCAAAUCCGGCCUGUCAGAGCCCCGGUAGCACAGCUGCGAGACGAGAUUUGCACAUCGAGGGCUUCCGCAUCCGGGGGUGACUUCGAUGUCACUCUGGGUCUCCGGCCGAAUCAGCUCCACCUUGCGUCUCUGAUAGGAGGCUGGUCGGGCCAACUUCAUUACUUAAUAACCAGCUUGAUUGGGAGCAAAGGUGGAGAGGAGAGUCCAUCAUCGCCGGAGAGGGAAGUCGAUGACAUCAAAAGCGGACGACCCUAA